GGGGUCGGUAGAUUCCACGUCGACGAGCCGGACCGAUGGGAGCGCCGCGACGAGUUCCCAGUGAGAAUCAUAACCGCAGAGGUAGCAGAGCUUCUCAACCUGCUCCUUGAAAUGGGAAAUCGCCCGUCCCUGACCAGCCUCUGGGCGUCCGCGUACACCCGCUCGUCUUCGCGGCCUGUGGACAUGGUCUUCAGCUUGAUGGAUCUGCUGGGUGUCAACUUGGACGUAUCUCAGUUUCACCAGGACGAGAGGACGAAGGCGACGAUACGGUUGAUACAAGAGGUGAUGAAACGGGGACGCGGGAGGGCUACCUGGCUUUACAUCGCGCCUUGGGUCAAGCCCUCGGGCGAGAUUUCCACGCUGCCUGAGAUGCCUGAGACCAGCGAGAGCGGUCGCGCGUAUUUCCAGACGAGCGGGGGUAAAGUGCUGGCUAUGAAAGCAUUCACUGCAGAGCGAGCCUGGCGGUCGGUGGGCCUGCCCAGUCCGGUACCUACGGGCAAAAUGACCGAUUCCGGCUACUUCGUUUUUUCCGCCAAGGCUGCGCUGGUCAGUCUCGAGGAUCGAGAGAAUGCAGAGAGCUGGCGGAGGAAACACAUGAGAGCGUACGAUGACCGCGAGACGUGGGCCAUUGUGAUCGGGAGAAUCAGAAACAAGAAUCGCAACCCCGAGACGUGGGAGAUCGAGCCUAUAUCAGACGGAGAACCCAGGCGGGAGGGGGUGUAUGAGCUAACGAUGAUGCUCGUAGAAAAACAUAAAGUUAACCUUUAUCAUCGUGUGGGCAUGGAGAAGGAAAUGGACGAACGCAUCACUGCUGGCUGGGACUGGAAAUACAGAGAAUUUUGUAUCGGCGGACCAGGCCGGGGGGAACGAGUGAGAUUUGGGGCUUUUCCCGAAGGUCCUAAGUACUUGCAGUCGUUUGUACCUCACUCUAUGACACCGUCGUUCGUGGGUCAGUGACUUUCGCUGCAUCAGAAAACUCACAGACAUUAGUUUGAAUCAAUAAUCACCACUCCGUUUGAUUGC